AUGAUUGAUAAAAUCAAGACUCUGUGUUCCCGUUGCAAAACUUAUAAACUAUCAUCGACUGCCAAAUCAAUUCUUAUAAGAUCUUCUAUUCUUUCCAUCCCUACCUAUGUUCUCUCUGCCUACCCUAUUCCUGACUCGGUCCUACAGGAAAUCUCUAAGCUAGUCAGGGAUCUCUUUUGGUUUAAAGGGGGCAAUGGAAAGGGCAUCCAUGCAGUGAAUUGGAGUUGUAUCACAGAUAAAAAAUCUGAGGGGGGAUUAGGUCACCGCAAUCUUGCUCAUGCAAAGGUCUCACUUAUGGCUAAAAAUGUAUUCAAAUAUCUUAACUUGGAUAAUAUUUAUUGGGUUAACAUUGCUCGCCUAAAGUAUGGGCGCUUAAACUUCUGGACAGACAGUAUCUCUGGUAACUGUUCCUUGAUUUUUAGAGGUAUAUGCCGAACGACCAAAAUUUUGAAUCAAAACCUCUGGAUUAAGAAUUUCAAUCCCACUCAGACUUCCUUUUUGUUGAAUCCUUGGCUGUUUGAAAUACCCCUUGCAUUUAAACCUACUUUUUUGAUUGUGGAUAUUGAUCUUAAUGCUAUUGGUUUCUCUGAGCUUAUUGAUAAUGGUCUUUGGAGUCAUAGCAAACUUGUUUUAGUCUUUGGUAAUCUACUUGGCUCUUUGAUUCCGAGCCUUUGUGAUCCUGAUUAUAUUAGCAACAACUUCUGGGUUUGGCAUCCACAAUCAUCUAAUGAGAAAAUUUCCUCAGUUGUUUCUCAUCACUUAAAUCACAAUCCUGGUUUGAGCAAUGAAUGGCUUGGUUGGUCCAAACUGUGCAAGCUUCAUGUAGCUGCAAGGGUUAAACACUUUAUCUGGCUUGUCUUGCAUGGUAAAAUCUCUACUUCUGAUUUUCUUAAUAGCAUCAACAUUGGUCCUGAAACUCUCUGA